AUGGCCCUCAGUAUCCGGCAGAAGAGGGUGCGAAGAAUCUCCGGAGACCCAGUCGAUGGGGUUGUGGUGCAAGGCCCUGUGGAUGGUCUGGCUACUGGCACCCCAAUCUAUAGUGUGGCGGUGCAAGGCACUAUAAAUGGAAGGACUACUUGUAGACCAAGGGGUUGGAGGUUUGGUACCUGGAAUGUAGGCACGUUGACAGGAAGAAGUUUGGAAGUGGUGGAGGAGCUGCAGAGGAGAAUGGUUGACGUGGCUGCAUUACAGGAGGUCAGAUGGAAGGGUGAGGGUACAAGGUUUGUGGGGGCUAAAGGUGGAAGAUAUAAGUUGUGGUGGAAGGGGGAUGAUGGUACGGGAGGAGUUGGUGUGAUGGUAAGAGAAGAGUUGUUGGAGCAGGUGUUGGAAGUGAGGCGGAGAAGCAAUGGGGUAAUUGUGGUGGUGAUGGUGUUUGGAAAAGUAAUAGUGAGGGUGAUAUCAGGAUAUGCUCCGCAACAAAGUAGGAAGGAAGAGGAGAAGGAUAGGUUUUAUGAUGAUGUUUCUGACGGGAUUGGGCAAGCGGGGUUGAAUGAGUUUGUGGUGUUGUUGGGUGAUUUGAAUGGUCAUGUGGGGGCGGAUGCAGACAUAUAUGAAGGUGUACAUGGGGGAUGGGGAUAUGGUAUACGGAAUGAGGAAGGGCGUAGAGUGUUGGAGUUAGCGGAUGCACACAGCAUGGUGGUGGGGAACACUUGGUUCACAAGGGAACCAGCGCGAUUGAUUACUUAUAGGUCAGGGGAACAUAGAUCGAUGAUCGACUAUAUAUUGGUAAGGGCCAAACAUAGGAAGUAUGUGAAGAAUGUGAAGGCGAUACCUGGUAUGUUGCAGCAUAGUAUGACACAUACCUCUCUUUAG